AACAGUUUUUGCGCUCCUUUCAUUUAAAAUUGCCGCUGCCGCGUAUAUAGCUUCGCACCGUUUUCAGUUUCGCUACUGUUUGAUGUUGACAUAAAUUUACGUGUAAAUAUACUUAAAAGAAAAAAAGUUUGUGAUAUCGACAACGCUAUUAAAAAAAAUGUUAAUCGAAUUGACACAAUGAAACACUUAAAAAGUUUAUUAAUCUCGUUAAUUAUAAUAUUCGAUUUCGUUUUGGGUUUCAGCGGUUUGAGUAUAAAUGGGACUAGUUUGGACAUUGAGGGGGGUUCUCCGGGCCCCCCGGAGGACACUGAGACUGAUAUAAAAUUAAUUAGUAAUAAUAAUAUCUUGGAAGGGGAUGAUACUAAGUUGAUGGACAUUUGUGAGUUUGAUGGUACUUUUGAAAAUGUCAACAAUGACCUGAUCAGGUUGAGGUUGAGUAAUAGUUUAUUUAAAAGUGAAGAAAUUGUUCCCGGGAUUAAGUAUCAAGUUUACAUCUCAAGAAAGGCCCCGGGACCUCCAAUUUCCUUAGCCAUAAGGACAUCAGUGGCAAGCAUGUUUCAAGCGGCAACGUUGGAUAACAAUAACUGUGGCUCAGAUAUUUUUAAUAUCCAGCUGAGAUCCGACGAAGCGAUUUUCAAUUGGACCCUCAAAGUUGACGUAAAGCGAGUCGAAUUUAAUAUUUCCUUUAGAAUAAACUACAAGCUAGAUGACAAUCCUUCAAUACAUAGAGCAAUAUUUGUGUAUUCAAUAGCACCUGAAUGUCGCCUUUAUUUGCAACCGGAAUCAAAAACUUUGAGUAACGUGGAUUUACCUAGAUCCGCAGAUUGUUGGAUCUGGUUUCCUUCUCCUAACGACGGCCACGGAUUGGUCGUUGAACUCAUGAGACUUAACGUACCUUGUAGCAAAGGACACGUACAUUUUUCUGGGACCAAUCAAACUGCUAAAUUUGAACAUGAUUACACUUCUCAUAAGUUAUGUGGCAAACUAGAAGAAUUACCAGAAUCGGACCGGAACAUUUACUUUCCAGAGACGAGCAGAUCGCAACCCUUCAUGCAUGUCCACGGAAAUCCGACGUUUUCCGUUUCCUAUCGUCUGGUAGACUAUUGCUAUAACAUUACGUUUGUGAACAAAGAGGGUUCGGUUGAGUUGAAGCCGGAUGGACAAUUGCUAUGUACAUUCAGGAUAUAUAUGCCACAUGGGAACAGAAUUGCACUUAAACUAAGAAUCGGAGAUAGUUUAGCAAAAGAUCACAUUGAUACACCUCUUACCCUUCAGGACCUAAAAAACGGAAACAUCCCCUGCCAUGGCCUACUAACCCAACUAUACGACGCAGACUCGCAUUGGUCGCACUGCACCAAACAAGGGGAUGAAGAACGACAAAUCGACAUCGUAUCGAAGGACAACAAGAUUGUCCUGAAGGUUACGCGCGGGGCAGAAACGUCGGGCGGUAACCUCCGAUUAAGAAUUUCUUAUAAAGCGGAUCCGGAUCCGAGCGUGGUGGGUUUGUGCGACUUUGGAUGGGUUGCAAUGCGACAAUUUUGUAUUACCGUGGUGGACAAUAUGAAAAUGCAAUGGGCGAAGGCAGAGGGCGAGUGUGUAAUACGUGGAGGACAUUUGGUUAGUGUUAGAAGCGAGAGAGAUCAGAAGAUUGUAGAUAGUUUGCUUGUCAAUAGCCCUGGCUAUCGGGACAGCAACGCUUACUGGAUCGGAGCCUCAGACAAGACCCACGAAAGCGAUUUCCGUUGGUCAGAUGGACUCUCUUUUUCUUUUACAAAUUGGUUUCCAGGAUGGCCUCAACAUCAGCAUUACAACAAACAACCCAAUGAUGAUGGGUUAAGCGAGCAGGAUUGCGUUGAAGUGCGCAGGACUUACACUUUGCCUACCACAUCAGUAAAGCUCGCUCCUGGGUUUAUGUGGAAUGAUAGAGACUGCGCCACUCCUAAUUAUUUUAUUUGUGAAAAGCUGCAAAAUGAUGAGUCUCUGGAUGAUAACUGGCUUCCAGACUGCAACCAUACACUGACCCUAUCCAGACAAACGCCAAGAGCCACAAUAUCGAGUCCAGGUUUCCCCAGACACUAUCCAGAUAACGCAGACUGUGAUACUAACAUCUUAGCCCCAUCGGGAUAUCGGAUAGUGCUGGAUUUUGAUGAGUUGGUUAUUGAAAAUGAACCUAACUGUAGCUAUGACUACUUGGAGAUUAUCGAGAAUUCCUCAAACGGCUCAAUACCUCAAAGAAAUCAGUCAAGCAGCAGCGUCGGCCGGCGUCUUUGCGGCGACUGGAGCACGAAGCUGAAACUGCUACGCUACGUCAGUCACGGCUCGAAGCUGACGUUGAGAUUCAGUUCCGACUACAGCCACCAUUUCGGUGGUUUCAAGGCUCGGGUCUCAAUGGAAAACGCCAUGCAAUGCGGUGACGAGCGCCUACACAUGUUUAACGAAGCCUGCUACCUAGUCGUGAAUUAUCCAGAAGUAACUUGGCCUACAGCUCAGCAAAUUUGUCGUGGCGUGAAGGCCACUCUCGCAUCCAUUGUUACCCCUGAAGAAGGAAGAUUUAUCAGUACGAUUAUUAGAAAGAACGCAGAGUAUAGGACCAGUGCUCUUUAUUGGUUAGGAGGAAAAGCAGAUCCUGCAUCAGAUUUCAAAUGGAUCGAUGGCAACUCAAUGGAAUUCCAGGGAUGGAUUCCUGGAUAUAACGAAGUAGAAUACAGUGAUGUGGGAGAUAUAUCUCCCAAAAAAGAGAUCAGAUGCAUUGGGGUCCAAUGGACGCCGUCGCCUACACCUGUACUGCCAAGUGGGUUGUAUUGGAGGGCUCAAAAAUGUAGUAAAGUAGGAGGAUAUGUAUGCAAAAGAAAACGUCAACUGCUAGAUUCUGGAUUAGACCUGAACAAAACUAUUAAUAGUUCUGAGGGGACGCUCACCACACCGAAUUAUCCAGAAAAUUAUUAUAAUAACCUGGAUUUUUUAGGGCGAAUUAUCGGACCGGAGAGGACCAGAUUAAAAAUAAGAUUUUCCCGGAUCGACAUCGAGAGCCAACCGGAAUGUCUCUACGACUACGUCGAGCUAAGAUCGGUGUGGAAAAGCGGUGGCAAAAAAUUGGCCGAAGAGGACUCGGUUAAGUUCUGCGGUAGCCACGUGACCCAAAUGGAAAGGUUUGACUUCGUUUCCCAGACCAAUGAAGCGGAAGUGAGGUUUCAUUCCGAUUAUUCGGUGACCGGAAGUGGUUUUUCUCUUACUUGGGAGGCAGUAGACGUGUCGACAUGUCCGACCCAGACCUUAACAGCCCGCGAGGGUGUCAUCAUGAGCCCGAACUACCCAUAUUUUUUGCUCGCACACCUCGACUGUUCCAUCGUGAUCCAAGCUCCACCCGGAAAAAGUAUUUGGCUUGAGUUUACGGACAUUGACCUCGGCUAUAACAGCUCCGAAACGAUAAAUAACCGUGAAGGCAGAGACGUUACGUUCGAGAUGCAACUGGGCAAAAACUCGGCCCCUUUUAAGCCCUUUUUGAUAAACGGCCUUUUAACCGAGGGAGAUUUCAUAUCUCUAGAAGAACGAAUGAUAAUUAGACUGCAAACUGGCAAGAACGCAAAGGGCAAAGGAUUUCGUGCUCUUUACCAUACAAUAGAUGAGUCAUCCAUGCAAGAAAAGAACAUAUUAUUAAGAAACGAUACCGUGGGUUUGCUGUUAAACCUUAACUAUCCUCAACAAUCUCCACCAAACGUAGAUUUUAUACAUCGUUUUAUAGCCCCACUAGGUCAUUUUAUAUCCGUAGAACUGUAUUCAGUUAAGCUUAGUCAUACAGAAUGUUUUGAUGAUAACGGCCUUAUAGAAAUUUUCGAUAGUUACUCGGAUAGAAAUGGGACGGUUUGGAAGCUCUGUUAUGAUUUAAUUUCAGUUGAUACAGAUGAUUCUUCCUCAAUUUUUAUAAAAUCAUUUUUAAACACGAUGCAAAUAAGACAAAAAAGUGCUGCUCAGGGUAGCCAUCUCAAUGGUACUCUGAAGGUACUAUUUGAUGAAGAAUACAAGAAAAAACUGAUAAGCUACAAUCAUAAUGAUGUUGAGUCUUGUAAGCCAAACCCUUGUCAACAUGGUGGAAAAUGUAUUAAUAAAAAGAAUAAAAAAGUUUGUCAGUGCACUGGACAUUUUACGGGUUUAUUUUGUGCCAUAACGCAAUGCGACUUAGAACCCUGCGUAUUCGGUACCUGCGAACUAACUAACACGAGCUACAAGUGCCACUGCAAAACAAAUUAUGUGGGACCAACUUGCGAACAAAAACGUAAACCUUGCGAGGGCAACCCUUGCGAGAGCCGCGGCACUUGUAUCGAAAAAGGGAACGGUUAUUAUUGUAGAUGCCAUGCUUGGUGGGAAGGUGCAAAAUGCGAAAAACGUAUGCUGCAUAUACCGUAUAAGCCACUUAGUGAGCGUAUGCUUCAUGAACCGUUUUGGCUCGGGUUGAUGACAGUUUUUGUGGUGAUGGGCGUCAUUGGAUUAGUUUGGUGUGCCAAAAGGCACUUUCCUGAGAAGAUUGAAAAGUUGCUGGCUGAGGACGAUAAUAGAAAUCGCAUUCACUCGCUGCGCAGUACAUCAGUGCGAGAACAGUUGGCUGCCGCCUCUGGUGCGGCAACUGCCGCCGCCCUAACUGCCGCCGCCGCAUCGCCUGGACCAGCCCCAGGGCGCUCCCUCUUUGGCCGCCUGGGUAUUCGCAAGCCGUCCAUCCUCAGCCUGACCAGUCCACACGCGGGCGCGGGAUCGUCAGGCGGUUACUCGCCUGCCACCGCUCGUACCUUUAGUUUGGACGAUUUACUUAAACCUCCCCCUAGACGAACACCAUCUCCGAAGAAAAAGCGCAAUAAUUCAACUCCAACAAAGAAAAACGUGGCCGAGAAAAAGCAGAUCCUCCAGCAACUUAUCUCACCAGUCAACAAGCACAACUCUAAGAGAGUCAGCUUGGGGGAGCUCAUCCAAAUGAGUGAACAAAAGACAAGCGGAAUUCAAUCAGCUCCUUCAGUAAUAGUCAAAGAAACCAAGUUUUGUGACGACCCGGCUCUCACAGCCUUAAACGAUCCAAAACUGGAAAAAAAAGUAACGUUUGCACGAUUAUUGAACAAAGUUAGUGCAGAAAUGAGUUCGGGAUCAGAUAUGGAGAUGGGAAUUAUGCAAACUAACAGGCUUGGCUGUAUUUUUCCAAGACCUUCCAGUACACCACCCUCCCCUAGUGUGGUUAAUAGAAGUCCCAAUAGUACUUCCAGCAAUCAGGGUUCUUCUUUUUUUGUAGGCAGCGACUCAUUUACCAGCUCUGACUUAGCAAUCCCGAGCGCAUUAAGCUCCAGCAUCUCCGAUCUCCUCAUCAACCGAAGACAACACAAGACAUCAAUGGGCAAACAAAAACCUGCCAGUGCCGACUCGAUCCUCGCGAUGUUCCGUAACUUUUCCUCCAGCUCUGCUGGGGCUAACUUGCCCUCUUCUUUAAAACUGUCUCCCUCGACCACACCUACUGCCUCCAGUCCGCACGAUGAUAUCGUAGGGGAUGACGAGUCAUCUUCUUCUUCUAUACAUACUCCUGUAAGCUUUUCCAGUGGUGCACCAGAAAGUCCAAUUUUGCACCAUCACGUGUUUAACCAUCAAAGUACUAUAGAAGUGCCAGUGUUGGAUCCAAUUAGCGCGCAUAGAUCCGCCAGUAGCGGCACCAAUCUACUGCAUCCUCCAACAAUAUUAUUAGAGAUACCUAGCACAAUCAAUAAGUGCCUUUCGCCCAUUAGGGAAAUGCCCACACCUUUACCUUCGCCAAUGCCUUCACCGGCCAUUACACCUAUUAUGCGUAGGGCACCGUCGCCAAUAUCUAGAUUAAGCGCUGGCCAAAUCUCAGCAUCUUCACUCGAUGAACUGGAAAACAGCGAUGACAAAAUUUCGAUAGAGAUUCCAAACAUAUCUGUCAGUGCUAGCGACGAUGACGAAAUACGAUGCCCGGAUAUUGUUAUCGAUCCUCUGGCAGAAGACGGCCUUAUAUUCGAGGAGGUCGCUGCGAUGCAACACAGUGCCUUAUAUAAAGCAAAGAAUCGCCCGCCGCCCCUGGGGCAGAUCAAUAUUCAGAACCCACCGCCCCCACUAGUGAUACCAACUUUAACUAUUGAAACACCGUCACCGACUAGAAAAACUCCAACUCUUCUGGUUCCCGGGUCGCCACCGCCCCAAAGAGGUUUCCCUCAGCAUCAGGACACAUUUCAAUUCCCGUUUACAGCUAAAUCCGGAAGGAAAAUGUUUAAAGAUUUUGAAAAACCUACCUCAUUGGAUCUACCUACGGCUCCUCCCUUGAUUACCAUCACUUGUAAUAUGAGCGAAGCCGAGUCGGAUAUAGAGUCGAUAUCUCCGGCUGUUAAGCUUUCAGCUCAUCAUCAUGGGGCAUCCGGGGGAAUGACUUAUUUAAGUCCAUUCUCCAUGGCGCAUCGGGGUGAUCAACAUGCUUCCGAGUCAAAUCUCAGUUCGUCUGGCUACAGUUCGAUGGCGAGUCCAGGACCAUCUCGAUGUGGAUCUAGUAAUCCAUUAUGUCCAUCAGAAAUGGAAGACCAAGGCCCUCCAGGUUCAGGGAACCACGGAUUUCGAAGACAAUCUACUCCAGUACUCAAACCGAACUCAAAUUCUGGAAAUAGUGACUCAAAAACUUCUCAAGGAAACCAAAGAAGGGGCCGUUCUGAUUCCGAAACUCUAUCGGAUGAUCCUUUAUUAGAAUCUAAUGAUGAGGGUAUAGGAACUGAUCAUAUAGAUGAGAAAAUCGACGAAGGAGAAGUUAAAAGCGCUAAGGAGUUGGAAGUGUUUAUGAAUGACACAACUGAUAAAACUGUUUUAUUAGAUCUGCCUCUUAUUCCGAGCUUGACGACACCUAAAGUUGCGAAAUGCAUUAGUAUUGAAAGCUCCAUGGAUCGUCUGCUUCUUCCCUUGACGACUUCUAACAGCAAAAACUCUUUGCAACUUCCUUCAAUCGUUGUUCAACUUGAUGCAGCCACUGGUGAAAAGUAUCUAAGUCCCAUGAGUUCGCGCAGUGAAAGCCCUUUAAGUGAUCGUACCACUGGAAUGGGUCGUUUUUCGCCUUUAUUCUAUGGCAAGAACAAGGAUCUACUACCAUUUACUGAUUCAGACGGCCUCUACGACUUCCCUAGUAGUGACAAAGUCAAUGUUACCAAUCCCACUCAGCAUAAAAAAGUGGGACGGAAACGGGAGAAACGAGUCCGAAGCUCAAAAACACCCAGUCCAACUAAACAACAGCAAACGCCAGUGUGGCAUAAUCACUUAGAUGUUCCUAAUACCAAAGACCCCUAUUAUAAGGUUCCACCUCCUAGGAAAUUCAGCCCGAAACGAAGACUAGCCAGAACUCAAGUCGUUAGUUCUUCAUCUAGUUCCGACAGUAUAGUAUCCGCUAGAGAACUUAGGCAUUCAUCCUCUAGCCCUAGUUCAGAUACAGUACGAUGGUCACCAACAGUAACAUGGAUGGAUCAAAAGCAUCCUAGAUCUCUUGAUGCGUCAUGUGAAGAGAAAAAUGACUCAAACCCCAGCUCACCAAUGUUAUCUAGAUCCUUAGAAUUUACUAGAAAGCAACCAAAGUAUCAAAAAGUUAGCAGAUUAAGAGCAAUUAGCAACCAGAUUAGAUUUUUGAGAAGAUUAGAGCAAAGCCUCAAAAGGCGCGAUCGCACUGCCAGUCCGGUUACCGACACUUCGGAAAGCGACGAGGACUCUCCGAUGGUCACCUCCCCACUACUUCAUCAGACCAAGGGGCCUAAGGUUGAGAUACGGAAGAGUAAUAGCAUAGGAAAGUUACAAGUAAACGGUGGCAAAACGAAUAAGGGCACGAAAUUUAAACAAUGGGAUUCAUUACAGGAAGGUGUGUGGCCCACCGAGAUGCAUGCGAAACAUGGAAAUUCUGAAUAGAUGGUUAUGGUAUUGUUAUUAUAUUUUUCGGAUAAGAGUUCAGUGUUAAUACCAAAUAAGUAGAUAAUGUAGGCAAGAGCUAAAUUCAAUAAUUGUUUGAGACAAAAAUUCGACAAAUUUUGAAAAAAGAUAGUAACUUGUCAGGCUACACGUACCGGGUGACCAACUAAGAAUAGACGUCUGCAAUAUCUCAAACCAUAAUAAUCGUAGCGCCUUUAAAAAAUUGGUGUAAAAAUAGCCCAAAAAAAAACUGGAAAUUAUUUUGAAGUUUAUUGGUAUUGGUCAGCCGCUAGAGGGCAUUACAGCUUGUUUUAAUCUUAAGAUUAUAUUUUUUCCCAAAAACCUUCAAUAACAAACACCUCAAAAUAUUUUACAAACAUUUCUGUCAUAUGUCAAAUAAAAGGGUGGGGAAAGUUUUUAUCUUGGAAUAUAAAAACAGGUAAAAUCGGUACUGACUGAACCGAUUUUUGUUUUAACAAAUUUUGUUUAAAAUUACUUAGUUGCUUUAUUUUUUUCUACCAAAAAAAAUUUCAAAUUACUUUUCCUACAAUCUGCUAGAUGGCGUUCACUUAUGACUUAUCCUUUCUUCUUAAAACCAAAGAAGCUAAUAAAAGCGGCAUCAUCGAUAUUACUUUUUAAACUAAAUUUAUUAAAAAAAAUGUCCAUUCGAAAAAAAAUGGCAAAAACUCCCCUUUGCUUAGCCAGGCUGAAUAAAUUCAUUUUAAAUCAGUUUUUUUUUAAUGAAACAAACUGUAUGUUUUAGUAAAUCCGAGAUAUAAUAUAGAUUGAUCGUUAUAUAUAUUAUACGUUUAUUUAUAUAGGAUGUUAACUAAACCAAGUUGAACUAGUAGUAGUAGUAAGGGUGGGGGAGCUAGACCUCGGCAAGUAGGCCUGAGUAGUCCCUUUUCGCCAACCCCAGAAUCACCGACUCCUACGCCACCACUCCCAAUGCGAGGUCUCCACUGAGUCGUCCCGUCCUUUUAAUAAAGGCUUGCACGUUGUCCCAGUCUAGAUCUUUAAGAUCUUUCCACUGGAGUGUCGUUGCUCCGAAAAUUUUCCUUCUCAGGCGACUCCACCUAUCACAGAUACCUAGUAUGUGGUAUGAAGUUUCCUCCCCUGUACCGCAAUUCGGACAUACUGGGCUUUCUCUUAUACCAAGAAGAUGUGGAUGCCUAUUUAGACUGUUGUGCCCGGUCAGGAUUCCCACCAAGUCUUUAAUACUUUGUCGGGUCUUUGUUAGCAGUCGCCUUGCUUUAGAGCCGUCAUGGUCUGGUAUCAUAUCCUUGGCCUGUCUACAUCCUUCUGUCCUUCUCCAAUUCUUCCUUGUUUUUUCCCAGGCCCAAUUAUUAAGUGCCUGAGAGAUUUGUAUUUUGCUAAGACCGAGACAAGGUUCGGGGCCUAUGAAGGGGUUAACGGAACCUUGUCUUGCCAGUUCGUCGGCCCGCUCAUUGCCCCCAACACCUUGGUGUCCUGAGACCCACCUCAGUCUCACUUCCUUGUGUGCUGCAAGCCUUUCCAAUGCGUCUCUGCAUUCCUGGACUAGCGCUGGAGUAGAUGCAAAUCCUCUCGUUACCUUCAAAUGCCUCUCGUUUGUUCACUACUUCGAGUAUAGCAAACACCUCCGCUUGGAAAACUGUGCUGUGUUUCUCUAGCGGGAUGUACACUCCGGCUCCGGCUGAAUUGGUGCUUUUCAUCCAUGAUCCAUCCGUGUACCAGGCCUGGAAACCACUUGGCUCUUUAACUUGGUUCGCCGACCAUUCAUCCCUUGUCGGGAUUUCGACUUGAAACCCCUUCUUUAAGCUUAGUUUACCACUUUCUGUAGUGCAUCGGGAUGUCAGAAUUGGUAUGUUCUUACACAUCCUGAGAGCAAUCGUCAUAUAGCCUUGUCCUAAGUGAACAUUGAAAAUGUGAACCAUGGAGAAGUCAAUAAAGAACACAACACUAAAAUAAUUUGACUAAAUAUAUUAUCUAAUAUUUAGAUUUUUCAUAAAAUUUCAAGAAAUUUAAGGUGUUGUAUUUUAUACACCUUUAUUUAGUACCACCGCAAAUGUUCAAAUUGCCGUUCAUUACAUUCAAUGUACUGAAGCAUCUUUUGAAACUGUACUCUCUACUUCAACAACUGACAAAAAUUGCAUGCCAUCCCUAAUCCAGCCAACCAUGUUUAGUCGUGUCGUAGGACUUGCAGAAUCAUACCUUUUAUUCUACCCUUACAUAAACAUCCAGACAUGUUAGGUCUGGUGAUCUAGCCGGCCAUGGAGAGGUACCUCCCGUCUUAUCCAUCUAUCAGCGUAGUUAGUAUCUGAAAAUUCCCGACCAUUUAAGGCGAAAUGAGCUGGAUAGCCAUCGUGCUAGAACAGCAUUUGUUGCCCAAUUUCCAGUGACACUGUUUUUAAAAUAAUUGGUAAUUCCUCUCUUGAAAACUGCAAAUAAUUUACACCCUUAUCUGUCCGCAAUCUGUUUGAAAGCACAUAAGGAUCUUCUGCAAUUAAACCCAAAUACCAGUGACAAUAGUCUAGCAUUCAGUCAAAAUCAUGUUGGGUUAAUUCCUGGUGCACGUUUAAAGGAUAUGGAUGAAACCUGGAACAAAAUGAUGAUUGCUGACUCCACAAAAUAGACCAACCUCAUGCUUUUAGCGUAAAAACAAAUUAUUAUUUUUACACUUAAAGCAUCAUCAUCAAAAAAUCAAUUCUCUUUAGAAAAAAUUAAGUCUUAUCUCGUAUGGUUUAGUGAAGGUUUAAUAUUCGAAAGACCGAUUACCUAUUAUUCCUAAGAAUAUUCUGAACAGUAGUUGAAUUUACUCCCACGCAAUAGUUCUAGUACUUAAGUGAGGAUUAAACUCGACGUAAGCUAAAACAUGUAUUAUGUUCCCUGAGGUACAAACAUGUUGUCUCUGGUAUACGGAAAGCCGAACAUUUCCAGUCGGUCGCAAACGAUGGAGUCGCGAACUUUUGUCUGAAGCUUUAGAAAAAAAGCAAUACAAAGAACAGGGAUAGUGGAUACGAACUUAAGGAACAACAAACUGGAACAAAACACAAAUUCGAAAUAAUCAAUUCCUUCGACCCCAACUACUCGUUUCUCGAAUACUUUUUCAAAUCCCAAAUUUCCAUGUCACCACCGGUGGCUGCUUAUGCGUACUAAAUUUAUUUUAUAAGUAAAAUAUGAUAAUAUUGUUAAUAAAAUGAUCAAUAAUACCUAUUUAUAUUUACCCGGCGUUGUCGCCACGCGCUUGCUUGAUACUUCGAUACUCGAUACCUUGUUCUUCAAAUAGUUUUGAAUUCGUCCGUCGUGCCUGAUUACUUGAUUACUUUUUAUUAGCAUAAGUAUUAAAGUAUCAUUUUGUAAUAUCUUACUAAAACUUGAUAACCCUCUAUUAUACUCAAAAAAUAUAACAAACGCUAAAGCAAGCCCUAAAUUUAAUAUAGGUAUUCAUAUAAAAUCUUAAUAUUCGUCUGUACAUUCACUAACAAGUAUACAAGUAAUGACUACUUUGUAACGAAUACAAAGUAUCUGAUACUUAGAUAUAAAGUAUCAGUAUCUACUUGAUACUUAGUAAAAGUAAUCGUUGCACAUCACUACUCUGAUGCAUUGAGCGCGGGUAUUGUCCAGACAUGUGACUCUAGGCAAUAAAGGUGGUCACACACUUUUAGGUUUUGAUGUAAUCGGGGUACCCCAUCUUAUCUCAUGGUCCCGUCUUGCCCCUAGUUCCCCUAUAAUGAAGCUUGUCACCUUCGCGUAUUAACAUGUAUAAGAAAUUAAGCUCUUUUGAUAUGAAGAAGUUACUCGACCAUUUAAGGUUAAAACUUUUAAAUAUUUGAUCUGUUUUUGCAAACACUGAAUAUUAUCUAUUGACUAUUUGUAAGUUUCCUCUGUUAUUAAACUGAAGAGUCCAAAUAAUACGUAGUUUUAGAUAAGAGACUCUGUAACUUUUUUCUUACUUUCUUCAGUUUUUUGGGAGCUGUUGUUAUUUGUUUUAUUUUAUUUACAUAUAUUUAUAUAUCUUUACGUUAGGCUAGCUGAAAUAUCCAUGUUUUUGGUAUUGACACUAAAUCAAUCCGAUACUAAAAAAAAAUUUAUUGAUUAUAUUAUUAAUCGUUUUAUAGUUAACUACAAUGGUAGAAGUUAUAAGGUACAAACAUGUUUUAAUUCUAUUUAAUAUAUUUCAUUAUUCAAAUAUUUAAUAUUUAACAAAACGGUAAAAAUUAGCGUAGAUUAUUACGAUUGGGAAGGGUUAAUUUCGUAUAUUGCUCCCUCCCUUUUUGUAGGAAGAAACUUUGAUAACUAUUUUUUCAAAAUAUAAUUAAGUAUAUACAAAGUGUUGCAAAAAACAUAAGAAUACACUUUUUUAAUUACACAUUCAUAUUUUCUAAAAUUAAAAGCAUCUGCUGCGGUAACGUAUCAAACUCAUUUCCUUUACAAAGAGGGUAGAAAAAAUAUAUGAUCUGAUCCUAUAUAGGAAGUCCGAAAUUCGAGGGUGACCACUGGUCGCCGUAAGAAAAUCGUAAAACCCAGCGGUUAAAUGGUUGCUUAAAAUAAUUAAAUGGUUGAUGAAAAGUUAAUUGGAUGCUUAUUAAAAUGCUGUUUGAAAAUCGAUUACGUCAUGAGAUAUCGAAAAAAAUCUUUUUUAUUCUUUUAGAACUCAUUUAAAGCCACGCCCGAUUAUGGCCAGUAAAAGACAAAACAUCGUACCAUCAAUUUUAAUCACAUCAUGUUGUCCGAAAAAAGUACUAAUGAAACUGUAUCAUUUAUAUUGCUCCAUGGAUUUAACUAACGUCAACAAAAAUAAGAAAAUAUUACUUGAACUUUCGCUUUUUUUUGGAUAUCUGAAAACAAUCAGGAUUUUUUUUAAUUUUAAAUAAAUUGCAUCAACUUACUUAACUUGAAUUCAACCGGACAUGUAUCUUUUACGGUUUGCAUGAACCCUCGAAUUUUAGACACCUUGUACAUUGAAAACUGUAAAAGAAUUUAAUUUAUAUAACCCUUUUCAACGUAAAAUGUAGAAAUUUUUAAUCUAUGUGGUUAACUAUAAAGCCCUUAUUUAAAAAAUUAUGUAUGUAAAUUUAAACCGCUCAACGUCAUCCACCCAUUCACACAAAUUACGUGCUGCUUUAUGUAAAAAAUAAUGUAUGUACCUAUUCUUUUGCUACUACACAGCGUCAAAGCUUACAGAAUAUACUAUAUACAGUAUAGUCUGUAAACUUUGACAGCUUUAAUUUGAAUCGUCCAUUAAUCGUUUAUCACUGUAAAUUUUAUACAUCGAGAGGGGGUUUAAUAUAUUAUAGCUGUGGUAUAAGAAGAACUUACGAAUAUGCUUUAGAGUUAACCAAAAAAAAAAUAUUGUAAAGCAAUAAGUGGUAGGUUCUUACCUUAUAAGCAGCUUGAAAAAAGGCUUGUAAAUGAGACUGAUUUUUUCUACUAAGAACAUAAGUAUUCUACCAAAUGUAUAUAAAGUUAACUUGUAUUAUAGUUACA